GCUCUUCCUUGCUCUUCUAUUCUCUCACUCUCUCUCCAAGCGAGCUCUCAGCUCCCGAAUCUAUUUAUAGCUCAGUCCCGCCCCUCCCCUGUCGCUCGGCAGCUAUUUCCAGCAGCCUGAAGCAGCUCCAGUCUGUUUGUAAACUCCACGUCUCUACACCUCUGCUCUCUCGUUCGUUUUGCACAGCGGGUGAAGAAGCAGAGAUUCGGUUCAAACAGUUGCAUGAACGCAACACAGUCGCACUAAACGGAACAACGUUCGGAGCCUCAUUUUAAGCCCAUUCAUCGGGAGACAGAGGUUUGUUUUUCUGUACCAGGGACUGUCUGAACGUACCGAGAGGCGAAGGGAAGGAAGGAACAGAGGCAUCGGCAGGCAGACGUCUCCCAGUGGUCUACAUUGUGAUCCCGUUCUGUUGUUUUCAAGCUCCGCCGCUUUUUGUCAUGCUCUCUUGGAGUCGCUCGCUGAUGCCACAUGCAUAACUUCAGAUGAUUGCAGGAUACGGGCACGCUCAGACCGGAGAACUUGGAUGGGAGCCACUCUCGGACUUGUCAGCGUGAAUUAGCAGUUUGUUUCUGACGUAUAUGAUUAGACAAGAAGGUGAUGUGGUUUAUGAAUAGACUCGUCUGUGCAGCCGUACAGCUGAUGGACUGAGUACACGUUAUAAGGAUUUAUCUACAGCAUUGAUUCUUUCCGUUUUUAAAUCAUGGAACUAACGGGCGAAGCAGUUGUUGAAUUUUUGCAUGCAUGUACCUUUCGAUAAGAAGACAUGCAUAGCGUUUCCCCCUUCAUCCUUUCAAUGUGUUUGCAUUUUUAAUAUACACAUUCUUUUGAAACUGAGAGUUGGGUAGCCAUCUCCUCUUUCAUGUCGAUUUCAUUUUGUUUUUGCUUGAACUGUGUGGUGAUAUUUUGAGACUGGCAUGCUUUUAAAGCCAACCGUACCGGGACUGUGCGCAAUGUUGCAGACGAUCUAUGAGACAGAAUCCUGCUUUUCUUCAGACAGCACAUCCAGCAGAGAGCGACCCGUGGAGCUGCUUCCUCAGUCCAGAAGCACCAGCAUGCCUAGCACCGUGGAUGUGAAGACCUUACUACCCUCCGGGAUGCAGAGCCCGGUGGGAGGUGGAGGAGAUCAGGGCGGAGGUAGCGGUGGUCCGGUAGACCUGCGUACAGACCCACGUCUGAGUGCGCUAAGUGCUGUAGACCCAUCUCUGAGAGAAAAACAGCUUCAGCACGAGCUGCUCUUACUCAAACAGCAACAGGAGCUCCAGAAACAGCUGCUGUUCGCCGAGUUCCAGAAGCAGCACGAGGUUUUGACGCGCCAACAUGAAGUGCAGCUACAGGAACAUCUGAAGCAACAGCAGGAGAUCCUCGCCGCGAAACGUCAGCAGGAGCUCGAGCAGAAGAGGAAGCUUGAACAGCAGCGUCACGAAGAGAUGGAGAAACAGAGACUGGAACAACAGCUCAUCAUGCUGCGAAACAAAGAGAAAGGCAAAGAGAGUGCCAUCGCCAGUACUGAGGUCAAACUGAAGCUGCAGGAGUUUCUGUUGAGCAAAAAGGAGCCCGGCCCCGGUGGACUCAACCAUUCCUUCCCCCAGAAGUGCUGGGGGGCUCACCACACAUCCCUGGAGCAGAGCUCUCCUCCACAGAGCAACACACCAGGAACACCACCCUCCUACAAACUCCCCCCGCUCUUAGGAUCCUACGAAGGCAAGGAUGACUUCCCUCUGCGGAAAACCGCCUCUGAGCCCAAUCUGAAGGUACGUUCACGGUUAAAACAGAAGGUGGCUGAGAGGAGGAGCAGCCCACUGCUCAGGCGGAAAGAUGGUACUGUGAUCAGCACUUUCAAGAAAAGGGCAAUCGAGAUCUCAGUGUCCUCUAUGUGCAGCAGUGCUCCUGGCUCUGGUCCCAGCUCUCCUAACAGCUCAAACUGUGCCAUUGCUGAGAAUGGAUCCAGCGGAUCCGUCCCAAACAUCCACGCUGAGCAGUUACGUUCUCUGCAUCAGUCUUUGACUGGCGAUGGGGCACCGAGUCCCCUAAGCCUCUACACUUCUCCAUCUUUGCCCAACAUCUCCCUGGGACUGCCUGCCAACGCCCACAUCACGGCCCCUCAGAAACUCAGUGCCCAGCAGGAGGCAGAGCGGCAGACAAUCCAGAGUUUGCGUCAAGGUGGGGCACUAACAGGGAAGUUCAUCAGCACAUCGUCCCUGCCAACGUGCCUUUCCACCGGGGCACCCCAUGACCCUGAACCCCCCGCCGCCUCUAAUAGCCACAGUAGCCAUUCCUCGUUGCUCCAGCACGUCUUGCUGUUGGAGCAAGCUCGUCAACAGAGCGCACUUCUCGCAGUUCCCAUGUAUGGACAGUCUCCGCUGGUAACGGGUGAGCGGGUAUCCAACAACAUGCGUACAGUGAACAAGCUGCCCAGGCAUCGACCACUGAGCCGUACACAGUCAGCACCCCUGCCCCAAACACCGCAGGCCCUGCAGCACCUCGUAAUGCAACAGCAGCACCAGCACUUCCUUGAGAAACAGAAACACUACCAGCUGAACAAGAUUCUUUCUAAAGGGACGGAUCUUCCAAGACAGCCUCCCACUCACCCAGAGGAGACGGAGGAGGAACUUACGGAAACCGCAGAGAUGCAGGACGAGCGAGGGGAGGGGCCUGAUCAUGUAAGGGAGGGGUUACAGAAAGACAGCUCUGGUGAAACCACACCUCCCUCUGAACGCAUAGUUCCGCUGAAGGGAGAAAGCACGGAAAGUGACUUGGAAGAAGAAGAUGAUGAAGAUGAAGCGGUCGAACUGAGGGAGUGUGAUGAAGACGCCCCUUAUGGCCAGUAUUUGGACCAGCAGCAUGUGCAGCAGCUCAACGUGUUCCAGGCCUCUCUGUCCAUCACAGGAAUGCCCCACAGACCCCUGGGAAGGGCUCAGUCGUCCCCUGUCACCUCCAGUCUUAAAGGAACAACCCUGAACGAGGUGCCCAUUAAGCAUCUCUUUACGACAGGGCUGGUUUACGACACCUUCAUGCUGAAGCACCAGUGCAUGUGUGGAAAUACCAACAUUCAUCCCGAACACGCGGGUCGCAUUCAGAGCGUUUGGUCCAGGCUGCAGGAAACAGGACUGCUGGGCCGCUGUGAGAGGAUCAGAGGAAGGAAGGCCACAUUAGACGAGAUCCAGACCGUCCAUUCAGAGUAUCACACGCUGCUCUACGGCACCAGUCCACUCAACCGACAGAAGCUGGACAGCAAGAAACUUUUAGGUCCAAUAAGCCAGAAAAUGUAUGCUGUCCUGCCGUGUGGAGGCAUCGGGGUGGACAGUGACACAGUGUGGAACGAGAUGCAUUCGUCAGGAGCCGUACGGAUGGCAGUCGGCUGCGUCAUUGAACUGGCAUUUAAAGUUGCAGCUGGGGAGCUGAAGAAUGGUUUUGCAGUGGUCCGUCCUCCUGGUCAUCAUGCUGAGGAAUCCACCGCCAUGGGUUUCUGCUUCUUCAACUCAGUCGCCAUCACUGCCAAACUCCUGCAGCAGAAACUCGGUGUGGGCAAGAUCCUCAUCAUAGACUGGGAUAUCCAUCAUGGAAACGGGACCCAGCAGGCUUUCUAUAAUGACCCCAAUGUGUUAUAUAUUUCUCUGCAUCGUUAUGACGAUGGCAACUUCUUCCCUGGCAGUGGCGCUCCUGAGGAGGUGGGUGUGGGUCCAGGAGAGGGCUUUAAUGUCAACAUUGCCUGGACAGGUGGAGUGGAGCCACCUAUGGGUGAUGUGGAGUAUCUAACCGCCUUCAGAACGGUGGUGAUGCCCAUUGCCAAUGAGUUUUCGCCGGAUGUGGUGCUGGUGUCAGCUGGUUUCGAUGCUGUGGAGGGCCACCAGUCACCGCUGGGCGGAUACAACGUCACUGCCAAAUGCUUUGGUCAUCUCACUAAGCAAUUGAUGAAGUUGGCUGGUGGUCGUGUGGUUUUGGCACUGGAAGGAGGUCACGACCUCACCGCCAUCUGUGACGCAUCUGAAUCCUGCGUGGAGGCACUUUUGGGAGAUGAGUUGAAUCCUCUACCAUUGACGGUGCUUCAGCAGAAACCAUGUCCAAAAGCUACAGCUUCUCUAGAAAGAGUCAUUGAGAUUCAGAGUAAACACUGGACGUCUCUGCAGAGGUUGGCUCCCACGGUAGGUCAGUCUCUACUGGAUGCUCAGAGGCGAGAGAAGGAUGAGGCAGACACUUUGACCGCCAUGGCCUCUCUCACUGUGGACAAUGAACAGCAAACCACCUCCACUGAAACCAGCAGAUCAGCAGAGGAGCCGAUGGAGGAGGAGCCCGUGUUGUAGAAGAGCGAGUUCAGGUCAUCACUGCUCCAGUCUUCUCGUCCACAUGUGCUUGGCACUGGUCACCCUGACGUCACGCCUCAUGUUCCUCCUCCCAGCUCUUUGAUUGGUUCCCUCGGUCCGUCACUCAUUUCCAGGUGCUUGACUGACACGUUCACAGCACACCCACUUUUUGCUUUUCCGAGGUUAAAGCAUAGCAAACCGUUGCCCAAAGUGGACAACAAAGGCAUGAUGGGUAAUUACAGGACCACUCCAGUGAGGGUUGCGCAGCUGGACAGGCCGAACAAUGGAAGUACUCUUCAGAAA